GUUCCCUCUUCCUCUGGAUUAUUGAACGAAACGCAAACAAGCCGUCCAGAAGGUACAAAUUCCUUCGCUUUUUUCCAUCUCUUCGUGUACUGUUUCUGAUUUUGUUGGUGGGGAAAGACAGUUUUUUUCCUCCGUAAUUCUCGGAGAUUCGUGAAGAACCGCAUAUAUGCUUUCUGGGUUUUUGCUGUUGUUUCGAUUGAUGGAUUAGGAAGAAUGGCUGAUUUUGGCUUCGACGGACAUGGAUGAACAGUUGUAGGCGAUUUUAGCUGGUGGGGUCUCUGCAUUUUUGCCUGUGACUAUCGAACAAAAGUUGAAAUCUUAUAGUCUUCCCCUGUUUCCGAGUUUUCUGUCUUGUCCCUUUUGGGCUUCAAUAUUUAGUCUCUUAGGGUUUUCUUGUCUUGACUAUUGCAAAUCCCUCGGCUUCUGUCUCAUUCCUUGUCAUGUUUCGUUCUUCUCGGUCUGUGUUUCUUAUUAAAAGUGUAGUCAGAUUCUUUGAUCCCACUUGUGUAACUCGCAUUAUCAUAUAGAAUGAUUUCUCUUCCUUCUUUUUGUUCGAGCUCGAGAUGACUCCAUUGCCAUUGGUAGAGUGCUCACUGGUUUCUUCUUUUUGCUCUCGUGGCUCUUCUCCUUGAGAAAUUUUCAGCUAAUUGAUGGAGUUCAGCGUCUGCGUCUUACUUCACGUAAAUGGGUAGAAAGUGUUUCUUAUUUGUUCAUUUGUAGCUUAACAUAGAACAGUGGGUCAAACAGGUAUUGUAGCAGCGAAUCUGAAGAGGCUGCAAUAUGGCUGCAAAGGGAGAGAGAGACACAAGUUCAUCGUUGCAAUCUGUCAAAGACGCAGUUAUUCUCUUUGGCACCCGUCCAUUGUCUAGAAACAAACGCAUUAUGGCCUCUAAUCUUUCGGCAAACCGAUCAAGGAGAACACCGAAUGAGGAGACAAAGCUUCAUCUCUCUCGGAAACAGUUGAACAAGUUGAAAGAAGAUAUAAAGAAGGCUGAUGCAAGAAAGGCUGAGGCAGUGUUGGAGCUUGAAAAGGCGAAAACAGUGGUUGUUGAUCUCUCUGACAAGGUUAGAGCAGCAGAUGAAUCUGCAGAAUCAGCCAUAAGUGCUACAGAAAUGGCCGGGAAUCAGGGAAAACGGAACAAACAAGCAGAUUCGGCUCAGAAACAGGAUUUGAAAUCGACUGUAGACAUUUACGCCGCUGUUUUUAGCAAACUCGAUCAGAAAAAGCAAGAGAUCUGGAAAAUCUGCCAGGAUAUGAGAAAUGUGGAGGGUAUUGAUUUGGAUUCUGUGAGAGUUGUGACUUCAAACCUGGACAUUGCCAAGGAAUCUCUUCAGAGGGUAGCUGAAGAGGAGAUUGGUUUAUGCAAAACGUUAGAGUCUCUGAAACUCGAGCUUAAAAACGUGCAGAAAGAACAUGCAGGGCUUAUAGAGAAGGAAAUAGAAAUGGAAGCCAUUGCCAGAGACCUUCACGCCAAACUCCAAAAAACCAAGGCUGAUCUUGAAAUUGAAGCAGAAGCAGAGGAGCUGAGGAAGGAAGCUGAAGACGUAAACAUUGAACUACGAAAGCUCGAAGAACAGCUGAAAGCUGCUCUGUUUGAGGCUGAAGAAGCGAAAGCUGCCAAGGAACGCGCCCUUGAAUGCGUCAAAGGAUUUGCCUUUUCCGAGAGUACUGAUGUUACCAGGGCCUCAUUUUCAGAACCCGUUUCCAGAAUUACGAUAUCUCUGGAAAAGUUUGAGUCUUUACGAAAGAAAGCCGAGGAAUUCAACAACUUAGCUCAGGUACAUGCUACAAGGGCAUGCAUGGAUGAAGCUCUCAAGAAACUAGAGAUGAGUAAGGGAGAGAUUAAGGGUCUACAGGCUGAGGUAACAGAGGCGGUGCAGAAAGCUGAGAUUGCUGAAGAAGGCAAAAGAUCAGUUGAAGCAGAUCUUAAAAGAUGGCGGGAGAGAGAGCAGAAGAAAGCAGCUGAAAUAGCAACUAGGAUCUUGUCUGAAACCGAGAUUCCUGUCAAAUCAUCAUCACUCCAUAACUCAGAGAUCCCGAAGAACUCUGGAAAGAAACUGCGGAAGCCGAAAACAGAAGCCUCCAAGAAAGUUAUUUCGACAAGUGUAAGUGGAAUCUUUCGUCGAACAAAGAAUCAAGAUGAUGUCAGAUUCGCUUCUUGUCUUCCAAGUUAAGACUCUUUUUCAAGUGUUCCGACAAUCAUCUUCUUCUUUUCCUCGUACAUAGUGUCCGACCUUCCUGGUCUUUGUUGCAACAUGCAAAUCUGUGUAUAACUGAAUCUCUUCUCUAUUGGUUAAUGAAUGAAGUAGAAGAGAGCUCCUAUA